GCUGAGGGAGGAAGAGGAAGAGCCGAGCGAAGCAGCGAACAGAGACUUUCAGCGAAGAUGAAGGAGUGUGUUCUGGUUCUGCUGGUCCUGGGUCUGAUCCUGGUUCUGAGCCGGUGUGAGGCCCGAUCUCCUUAUCAGGCGGUUCUGCAGCACAGCCGCAUCCGGGGCCGCCAGCAGGGACCAAACGUUUGUGCGAUGCAGCAGAUCAAAGGAACCGACAGAAAAUACUUCACCAACUGCAAACAGUGGUACCACCGCAAGGUGUGCGGCCAGCCCACUGUGAUCACGUACGAGUGUUGCCCGGGAUAUGAGAAGAUUCCAGGAGAGAAAGGAUGUCCUGCUGCGCUGCCCCUGGUCAACAUCUACAACACUCUGGGUGUGGUCGGAGCCUCCACCACGCAGAUGUACUCUGACCGAGCCAAACUGAGGGAGGAGGUCGAAGGUCCAGGAAGCUUCACCUUCUUCGCCCCGAGCAACGAGGCCUGGGCUGCUCUGCCCACAGAGAUCCUCGAUGCUCUGGUGAGCAACGUGAACAUCGAGCUGCUGAACGCUCUUCAUUACCACAUGGUGAACCGCCGCCUGACCUCGGAGGAGCUGAGACACGGGUCCUCCUUCGCCUCCAUGUACCAGGACUUCCACGUUCACAUCCACCACUACAGCAACGGAAUCGUGACAGUGAACUGUGCUCGUCUGAUCAAACCCGACCAACACGCCACCAACGGCAUUGUGCAUGUGGUCGACCGUGUCAUCACCGCCAUCUCCAGCGACGUGAUGACGCUGAUCGACGUGGACGAGGACCUGGAGACGCUGCGUACGGCCAUCGCCGCCGCAGGUCUGACCCCGAUGCUGGAGAGCGACGGGCAGUACACCGUCUUCGCUCCCACCAAUGAAGCCUUCGAGAAGAUUCCUCCGGAGACCCUGAACAGGAUCCUUGGAGACCCCGUUGCUCUGAAAGACCUGCUGAACUACCACAUCCUGAAGCAGAUGCAGUGCGCCGAGUCCAUCGUGUCGGGGACUCCGAUGGAGACGCUGCAGGGAACCGUCCUGGAGGUCGGCUGUGACCGUGACCUCAUGACCCUGAACGGGAAGGCCAUCGUCACCAAGAAGGACCAGCUGGGAACCAACGGAGUGGUCCACUACAUCAACGAGCUGCUGAUCCCAGACUCAGCGAAAACUCUCCUGGAGCUGGCCGAAGGUUCAUCUGUUACCACGGCAACCACGUUGUUUGUUGAGGCCGGCCUCAGCCCCCACCUGACGGGUUCCGAGGCUCUGACCCUGUUAGCUCCGCUCAACGACGCCUUCAAAGGCAGUGUGACGAUGUCUCCUGACAGGAAGAAGCUGAUGACUAACCACCUGGUGAAGCAGCAGCUGUCCUCCAAGUCUCUGUACCACGGUCAGGAGCUGGAGACGCUGGGAGGUCUCUCACUCAGAGUCUUCGUCUACAGAAACAAUCUGUGCAUCGAGAACGCCUGCAUCGCAGCUCACGAUAAGACCGGACGUUACGCCUCCAUGUUCACUGUGGACAAAGUCCUCACUCCACCGAUGGGAACCAUCAUGGACAUCCUGAAGGCAGACGACCGCUUCAGUCUCCUGGUCGGAGCCAUCCAGACGGCGGGGAUGACGGAGCUGUUGAACCAGCAGAGGGCGCACACCUUCUUUGCUCCCACCAACGACGCCUUCAACGCCAUGCCACGUCUCCAGCUCAACAACCUGUUGCGCGACCACCAGGAGCUGUCGGCCAUGCUCAGGUAUCAUCUGGGCGAAGGCGUGUUGGUCAGCGGGGGCGUGGCCUCUCACACCAGAGUCAAGCCUCUGCAGGGAGAGAAGCUGGAGCUGGGCCUGCGGAACUACACCGUCUACGUCAACAAGGUCCCGGUGGCCGACGCAGACCUGAUGGCGACUAACGGAGUUGUGCACGCUGUCGACAGCAUCAUCAGAUCUCUGCCUCCCAAAGUGGACAGAGAACAGGCGGACGGACCUGCGUCUCCUCUCAGAUCAGCUGCUUCCUCCAGGGCCGAGGCCAAGAGCUUCAGGAACGACGACCUCUUCCAGAAGGUGAUCCGGAGUCGCUCCAGCAGGACCAUGAGUCAAUGAGAGACUUGCCACAACCCCCGAGGAACCGAAGAAUGAGAACCACAGAACGCCUUCUCAGCCCAAAGGGUCAAAUGUCUCAAACCUUAAAUCCUGUGAAAUCCUCGAAAAAGUUUGUUCCCUACGAUCAGGAAAAGUUUCAGAGUCGUCCAAACCAAAGAUUCAGAUUAAACACGUGAAAACGAUUCAUUUAGAAAAAUUAACUUUCAUCAGUGUUUGUUGUUUUAUCACCGCCUCUGUGGGUUGUUGAAAGGCAUUCUGGGAGAUGUAGUUUUUAUGACCAGUGAUAAAUGACGGAUCAAAUUGAGGGAUUUUUUACAAACAGGUGAAAGUUUUUAAUCGCCUUUUUAUUUUAACAGUGUUUUAUUUUCUGUGUUCUGUAAAAAAGCAACAAAUUUUGAAUAAAUGUCCAGAGUAUGAAGUCUGAAGUCCUGCAGCCUGAGGUCAGAGGUCAGACUCACACUGUGACCAGCUGACUUCUGCAGAUUCCUCUGAUUUUUUUCUUUGCUCUGUUUUGUAAAAUAAAAAUGAAAACACACCAAGUCUGUAACUGAAACUGUAUGUGUGUGUCUUUCUGAAUAAAAGC